UAGCACAAUUUUGUUGUUUUGAAAUUCAAUGCCAUAUUUUUUGUAGGCUUAGAUAGCUAAGAUUUUUUUUAUAGAAUUUAUAUUUCAGACUAUUUAAAUGAUAUAGAAAUCACUAGCGCAAAUAAAUAUAGAGUCUAUGUCAGUGAAUUUCUUGAACUCUUGUUUUAUUGCUGCGACAGUUUUGCGACAUGCUAUUCCCGUCUCAUUGAUUUUUGACUGAGUGCGGUAGUUUCCAAAGACGCUUUUCUGAAACGAAUCCCUUUCUGAAAUCCCAAAACUCAGGUUCAAGAAUAAAGAUGCCUAGGGAAAUAAUAACGUUGCAGCUAGGACAAUGUGGAAAUCAGAUUGGCAUGGAAUUUUGGAAGCAGCUCUGUUUAGAGCAUGGAAUAAGUCCAGAUGGCAUCUUAGAAGACUAUGCCACUGAGGGCACUGAUCGGAAAGAUGUAUUCUUCUAUCAGGCUGAUGAUGAGCAUUACAUCCCUCGAUCUGUGUUGCUUGAUUUGGAGCCGAGGGUGAUCAAUGCAAUAAUGAACUCUCCAUAUGCAAACUUGUACAACCCAGAGAAUGUAUACCUGUCAAAGCACGGAGGUGGUGCUGGAAACAACUGGGCCAGUGGCUAUUCCCAGGCGGAACGGCUGUAUGAUGAAAUAUUUGACAUCAUAGAUAGAGAAGCUGAUGGCAGCGAUAGCUUGGAGGGUUUUGUUGUCUGCCAUUCUAUCGCAGGUGGAACUGGAUCUGGCAUGGGUUCUUACAUUUUAGAAAGAUUGAAUGACAGGUUUCCAAAGAAGUUGACACAGACAUACUCUGUAUUUCCGAAUGUGGAUGAAAUCUCUGAUGUUGUUGUGCAGCCAUACAAUUCGUUGCUCACUUUAAAACGGCUCACACAGAAUGCAGAUUGCGUAGUUGUGUUGGAUAAUACAGCUCUAAACAGAAUAGCAGCUGACAGACUUCACAUUGACACUCCAACAUUUACACAAGUGAACCAGCUGGUGUCAACUGUGAUGGCUACUUCUACUACCACUCUCCGCUACCCUGGAUAUAUGAACAAUGAUCUUAUUGGUUUAAUUGCCUCUUUAAUUCCAACUCCUCGUCUUCACUUCCUGAUGACUGGCUACACACCCCUCACAACAGAUUACAAGGUCGCAAACGUUCGAAAAACAACUGUGCUGGAUGUGAUGAGGAGAUUGUUGCAACCCAAAAACAUGAUGGUGUCAACCCCUGUUCAGCGACAGAACAACAAUCAUUGCUACAUCUCCAUUUUGAACAUCAUUCAAGGGGAAGUGGAUCCUACACAGGUCCACAAAAGUUUACAAAGAAUCAGAGAGCGGAAAUUGGCCCAGUUCAUUCCGUGGGGUCCUGCCAGUAUCCAAGUGGCAUUGUCCCGCAAGUCUCCCUACGUACAGACAGCGCACAGAGUGAGCGGGCUCAUGCUGGCUAAUCACACAAAUAUUUCCCAUCUAUUUGAAAGAAUACUGACGCAGUAUGACAAACUGCGGAAAAGAGAGGCUUUCAUGGACCAGUUCAAGAAGGAAGCCAUGUUCAAAGAUAAUCUGGAUGAAUUUGAUGCCUCUCGGGAAUCUCUUCAACAACUGGUGGAUGAGUACAACGCUGCCACUCGGCCAGAUUAUCUCACUUGGGGUACACAACAGGCUGGAACUGAAAGAAGCUGAAGAAAUAUUCUGUUGAUUUACACAACACGCAAGCUAUGCAUACUCCUGCCACCUGACUUGACAGCGCCUUGAUGUGUAUCUUUGUCUGGGAGCAACUACAAAAGGAGAGCUGUGGAUACUCAGCCAUAUGGCUGAUAGAUUAGAUGUCGCCAGCCCCUGGAUAGAUGUUAAUAUUAAAAGUUUAAAUGAUGGUUUUUUAAAUUGCGUUAUGGCAAUAGAAAUCAUACAUGCUCGAGUUUCACUGUUAAGAAUAAGUUGUUCAAAAUAUUUCGCAAAAAAUCCUUUCAAUAAAAAGAAUUCAUAGUCAAAUAAACUUGCCUUUCAGGUUGUGGGGUUUAUAGCUUUUUGCUUACUACAAGUAAAUAAAUAGCUCUACUUGUAAAUAUUUAUUCAACUCAAAAUAGUUAUAUGUGAUAAUUUUUUUUUCCUGUUAAGGUAACUAGCAGUUUUUUGUUUGAAGUCAAAUCAUCUGAGAUCAGAAGAUCGGUUCUUGAGACUUUGUAUUCGCCACUGCACAAGAAUCUCACACGAUAUGAUCUGCUUGAUUUGUUUAUUUUGUUUUGUUGGGUUUUUUUCAUUUUCAAAUGAUGGGAAAGAAAGAUAUAUAGGUAGACCAGUUAUUGUCCAAAAUGGUCACCCAAUGUCAGGGAGAAAGUGUUUGUUGUCUUAGACAGGUGAAUGCCUUUGACAGUAUCACUAUAAUGUAGAAAAAACUCAAGAGGGGUAGUUGCAGUUUGUACAGAUGAUUGUCUUCUUAAGACAAGUGGCCGUUACAUUAGAUUCGACAGUACUUUAUUUGUAACUCUCUAUCUUUUUGGGGUUUCAAAAUGAAGGGUCUGUAUUUCUCAUUUUGAGAGGUGCAGCAAAGAACUUUGUGAGUUAGUUGUCAGUUUUACCCACCGCCAGAUGAGAGCUUGUAGUCAAAAUCUAUUUAUUGAAUUUCUGGUCAGCGUUGACCCUUUGCACCACCCCUUUCUGUACUGAUAAAGAAGAUAAAAAUAUAUAGGACCCAAGUCUCUAGAUCCUGAAGCUUUCACACAGCACUAGUACACUGGUUAAGAGGGUGCACUAUGGGUUCACAGAACUUUGUUAUACUGAAGUAAUUGUGGAAUUAAUUAUAAAGAGUGUCGUUUAUAUAAAGAUCUCCCACCUUAAGCCUGUCUGGUAUUGAAAAUGAGUGUCUGUGAUAUCAGUGUAUGGAGUUUUGAGUUCAACAGGUAAUAGAGGAUCAGGUGCCUUGCCUGUACUUGAGUCUCUUGUUCAUGUUCAACAUUUUUUGCUUUUCUGUAUUUUCUUGGCCCAUAUAUGUCAAAGAGCCCCUGGAAAAGGCAAAAUAAAGGUGUGGCCAUAAUAUUGAAAUACAGCCUAACCAUAAUAUGUAAACUUUUUUCAUAUAUACUAUAUCAUGUUGAAUGCUUUUUUUUCUUUUUAAAUCAUAAAGUUUCAAACAUGAGGUUGAUCUAUUUAUUGCUGUAAAAAGUGCAGCAAUUUUUUUCUGUAAAAGCAUCUUUGUUUCCAUAAAUAAUUAUGUGUACAUUACUAUUACGUUUAAUUGACAAGGGAUUGUCAAAUGUUGUGACUGUGUUGGACACGUGUUGCAAGUAUUUGAAAUGACAAUUGAUGUCCUUUCUUGCUUAGUCACGACUCUGGUUUGAUGUCAUCAUCAUCAAUGCCUUUCACCCCUGGCAGGGUAUAGGCCACAUACAGGCUUCUUCCAUUUAUCUCUGUCCUGAGCCAUCC